CAAAAUCAAUUUCCCUCAACCCUUCCGUUCCCUCCUAUUCUCUCAAAUCAGCUAUGUCUACUCCAUAGUAGACUACCCCCAACACUCCUUAACUACGCACCGAAAUAUGGACGCCUCCGCCCUCCUCACCCGCCACGGCUGGCGCGGCAAAGGCCACUCCCUGGACCCACACAACCGCGGCAUCGCGAAACCGUUGCUAGUAUCAUCGAAGCGGGAUCUGAGUGGCGUGGGCGCAAGGAGCAAGGCGGUCAGGACGAGCGAUCAGUGGUGGGCCAGGGCGUUAGACGAGGGCUUGAGGGAGUUGGGGACGGGGAAGGUGACUACGCUGCAGACGGUCCGCGAGAAGGGCGUUAGUCAGGGUGGGUUGUAUGGGUUUUUUGUGAGGGGAGAGGGGUUAGAGGGAACGAUGAGUAAUUCGGAGGUCACUACGACGACGAGUACACCGCCGACGUCGGCUUCGGAUGUGGGUGAUGAUGCCUCUGAAGACGAGAACGGGGAUGAGACGGCUACGCGUGAGGAGGCAAUUGUGGUGGUUGAAACAAACAAGAAGCGCAAGAGGUCGCCUGGGGAGACGAAAGAGGAGGGGGCUAAGCGGCGGAAAGGGGAGAGGCGGGACACGCAGAACAACGGCCAACUGCAGACAACGCUGGAACAGAUCGCGAAGAUUAAUCGGAGGGCUACAGCGUUGAUCAAACAGCAGUCCAAGAGGGGAAGAUUUGAUGUGGGCACGCUAGAUCCUAGCCUGCCGCAGGAAAAGGAGGAGGAUGCUGGUUGUGGGAUUCAUUCGGAUAGGAUGAAGAUGCUCAAUGGGGGUGUGAAACUUCAGAUACAAGUUACUCCCCAGGAACCCACCAAGCCAGAGAAGAAUUUGUCCAACAAAAAGGCCAAAAUCGUCGACGAGAAAGCUAUUCGCGAGGCUAAACGAGAACUCAAGUUCCGUCUUAUCAGGGAAGCUCAAGGACGGGGUGAGCUCCCCGGCAUGGAACACCUCACGCCGGAGAAGGUGUUAAAGAGACACAAGGAAGAAUCUAAAGCAGCGAAGAAAGUCCAGAAGGAAGAAAAGAGAAUCUUAAAGUCAAACAAAAAGAAGGCCAAGAAAGAAUACCAGAAUAUCGAAAAAGAGAGAGGCAUGAGUAACCUCACUGCAAAAGCUAAGCCGCUCGCCGACGAGCAGCGGAAAGACUGAAGUCCGCGCGAAAGAGAAGGGCAUAACGCUAGGAGUGUACA